AUGCCUUUGCACGGCUUGGGCAAGAUGUCCCAAGAUCCGAUAGGCACGCCGCGUCGCGAUGCUUCCUUUUCGAGCUCACUGAAUGGACUGGGCAACGGGAACCUCUUCGGCGUUAUUGGCGGUGGAGGCGGCAGUCGAUUCUUUAACAACGGCACUCCAGUGAACUCUCACCCGCUCGGCUUGGAUAGCCAUACUUCCGAACUGUACACUCGCUUUGACCAGAUCAAAGACGCGGAGGGCCAGAAGAAUAAACUCAUUGAGGUGAGUGCCCGUGUUCAUCCCCAUGGAUCUCUGCCCAUUACACCGCCUUUCCCAUGCCGUUCGGGAGUUCUUCACUCGCAUAUCUGCUAGCCGAGAUUCUGACGUACCAUUUCUAGGAGCUCCUGAACCGUUAUCAAUACGUCCAAGAAGAGCGCGACGAGCUGCAGAAGGAGCUCUCUCAGGCUCGGCUCGCCUCAGCUUCCACCGCCGAGCUCGAUCAUUAUAAGACAGCUUACAGCCAAUGCAUUUCCAUGGUAAAGCAGGCUCCUUUUGUGCUCGUUCUUGUCGACGGCGAUGGCAUGAUCUUCCAGAACUACUUGCUCCGUCUCGGAGAGUAUGGAGGCCGCCAGGCAGCCGACAUCCUCAAGAAGCGUGUCUCCAGCUGGUCUCGCACUGCCAACAUUCCGGAAGCCUCCCAAAUAGCAGUGAGAAUCUACGCCAACUCCAAAGGCCUUGCCCAAACUUGCACGAAAGCGGGAAUAGUCAACUCGCCUGAGGUUGUCGAAGACUUCUUCCGUGGGUUCACUCAAGGCGGCGAUCUUUUCAACUUCAUCGAUGUUGGCUCUGGCAAGGACAGGGCUGAUACCAAGAUGAAAGGUAGGUGUGCCAUAGUAACGAUCGACUUUGCACUGUGCUGACUCGUCUAGCCGAUUUCGAGCUGCAUAUCUGGAACGUCCACUGCCAACAUAUCCUUUUCGGCUGCAGUCACGACAACGGAUUCGCACGUCUCCUCGAGAAAUACGCUCUUGAUGCCUUUGUAGCGCCUCGCAUGACGCUACUGGAAGGAGUGCCUUUCGAAAAGGAGCUGGUAGCUCUCGAUACCUACAAGACGACCAAAUUUGAGGGCGUCUUCCGCGAGGCGAAGGUCGUAGUUGCUCCUGAUCUUUUGACCGACUUUUCGCGUGGUCGGCAGGAUUCUAAGAACGCCUUUAAUCCCACGAGUGGCAUCUUCACGCCAGCCUCUUCUCGGACACCUGCGCCUCAGACGCCUCUAUUUAGCCCACGUUCUGGACCAGGCGUUGCAAGCCCAGCGCCGUCGGCAUCUGUGUCGACGCGCCGUGAGCCCAUGACUCGCACCAAUAGCAUUGCGUCGUCCAGCGCGGUCUCGGAGAGCCUCAGCACGGGUAUUUCCAAGGAGAGCGUUACCAGCAGUGCCACUGGCGGCAGCGGCGGCUGGGCCAACAUUGCACGCGCCUCUGCGACACUUCCUUACAAGGACUUGACCCGUCCUGCGCCGGAGCCGAAGAUUGCUGGGCCAGUGAUCCGCCAGAACAGGGCUGGGCAGCGCCUCGAUCCUGAUAUGGCCUACGACCACGACAAGGUGUAUGAGCUCAAGAAGCAGAAGUAUUGCAACCAGCACUACAUCGGACGUGGUUGCUGCCAUUAUGAGGCCGGAAAUGGUGCCUGUCCACAUAAGCACGACGCCAAGCUCAACAAGGACGAACUCAAAUGGCUUCGCGUUGUCGCCCGGGAGACUGUUUGUAAGAAGGGCACCGCUUGCCUCGAAUUUGACUGCAUUUAUGGGCAUCACUGCCCCUAUCCGAAGAUGAUGGAGGGCUCCAUGCGCGGCAUUGGUUGUAUCAACGGGGAUAACUGCCGGUUCGGGCGCGAAAUGCACGGCAUGGACACGCACGUCUACAAGACAAUCCGGCCAGGAGAUGUCGACGUCUAG